AUGGUUGGACGUGGUGUCAAAUGCAUUGUCAAAGAGAGAUUAGAAUAUUCAGCUAAAGUGACCAACUGGCUGCAAGCAAGGCGUUUGAAAUGGUUGGACCAACGAAUGGACGAAACUCGCUUUACGAAGCGAGUACUGAACGCGAAGCCUGAUGGCUGGCUGCCGUCAGGAAGGCUUCCAACAAAAUGGCAAGAUCUCUUUCGAACUAACAUGACAUGGAAAGAACUGGAGGGAUCACGCAUUUAUUCAAUUCAGCUGAAAGGCUUGUACGGCACGCGGAAUCGUCUUCAAUGCAACUGA